AUGUCAAGAUUUACAAGUGUAGUUUUGUUAGUACUAUCGCUUCCAUUUGUAUUGACGUUCAAUGCCACAGGGCAAUAUUCAAGACUCAAAACUCUCUAUGGGAUACCACAGAACUCACUGGUCAAACUGUUCAUCGAAUCAAAGCAUACCGGUUCUUAUCAAUUUAUGACGAAAAACUUAUCUGUAGUAAUUGCCAGAGAUCAAAGUAUAUGGAGGACUUCAUACUCUCCAUUUAAAGUACAAUGUCCAACCACACCGGUAGUUAGAAUUGCAAAUAAAACUUUAGGCGACAAGGAGAGGGCAUAUAUUACCGGCCGGAGAGCGAAAACCUCCAAAGCCCUUGCGGAAUUGUUAUCACGAAAUAGAAUCCCAGGCUUCGAUUCUCAAGCCAUUUCUAUUGAAAGGAUCAAUAUAUCUUUAUCAUUUUCUGGCGGAGGAUAUAGAUCAAUGUUAACCGGUGCUGGUGUAUUAUUUGCAUAUGAUGAAAGAUCACCCAACUCUACCCAAAUGCACCAUCUUGGUGGGUUGUUACAGGCCACAAAUUACAUUGCAGGAAUUUCCGGGGGCUCGUGGUUAGUGGCAAGUAGUCUCAUCAGCGAUUUUAAACCAAUGUCUAUAGUUGUCCACGAAGAAGAUUCUGGAUGGGUUACCUCUGAACCUUUACUUGAAGGUGUGCCAAGCUUCAACUUGGAAUCAUUACCUUCUCAAAAUAUACUUCAAACCAACUCUACCACUAAGAAGCCAACUCUUGGUAUUGUACAAACAUUACUAAAUGUACUUAGUUUUCAGAAAAGUUCUGAUUCCACAGAUGAUAGGAAACCUGGGAUUUUAGAAAAUCUAUUACGACCAAUUUUCUACAAGAAACCCAUUCCCGAUAGAACAAAUCUGAUUACCACCAUAAGCUCAUCUUGGAGAAAAGUUAUAUCGUUUUAUAAAGAUAUACACGUUGAGAUUGAAUCCAAGAAAAAAUCAGGGUUUCCCCUUUCAAUUACAGAUUAUUGGGGCAGGGCACUUGCACGAAGAAUAUUUCCCCUAAAUGUAAGGUCACCAGGAGUAACUAUUUCAUCUGCAUCAACUCUCCCUUCGUUUAAAAAUUUCGAACAGCCAUUCCCUAUAAUUUGUGCAGUUGAAACGGUCCCCCAAACCCAUUCAUCACCCAAUUAUUCACAUACUUUUGAAAUUAAUCCAUACGAGUUUGGAUCUUGGAAUUCAUAUUUGAAUGCUUUUGUAGAUAUCAAAUAUUUGGGAACUAAACUAAGAAAUGGCAUCCCGAUAUCUAAUACACUGUGUAUUUCCGGAUAUGAUAACUUGGGGUUUUUAACCGGCACAUCAUCUUCAAUGUUCAAUAAUGCUAUUGUUUACUUAUAUGAUAAUGUCAUUGAAACUAGACUGACCACACUAAAUGCAUUUUCAACCAUACUAAAAGUAUUUGGUCUUGGCCCAAUGAAUGAGAAAUCACUCCAGAAACCACAAGAUCACCCAGAUUAUGCAUUGAUAUCACCAAACCCAUUUUUUGGCUUGUCGAAUGGAAUGAAAGGAACUUUACUGACUCAAAGAAACAUUUACCUUACUGAUGGGGGUGAAGAUGGACAGAAUAUCCCAUUACAUCCCUUUCUACAACCCUCAAGACCCACUGAUGUAAUAUUUGCCUUUGAUAUGUCUGGGGACUUUCUAAAUUUCCCCAAUGGAACAAGUCUAGUUCUAAUAGGUCAACAGUAUCAUAAUAAUAGGAGAGAAGUUCCAUUCUAUCUGAAUAAACAACUCAAUUCAACUAUAAACAAGGCGAUAUUCCCCUUUGUUCCUAGUUGCGAAGAAUUUGUUGAUAAAGGAUUAAAUAAAAAGCCAAUUUUCUUUGGAUGUGAUCUAGCGAAGGAUUACCCCACUGUGAAUGGAAUAUCAAAGACAUCGUCACCUGAGUACUAUUACCCCAACUAUACACCACCCUUGAUUGUAUACACUGGUAAUACAAACCAUUCAUUUGCCUCGAAUACUUCUACAUUCCAACUUUCAUACACUAGAAGCGAGAUGUUAGGUAUGGUUGAGAACGGCUACAACCUUGCAACCCAUAAAAAUGGAACUACAGACCCAUUUUUUGCAACCUGUAUAAAUUGUGCCAUCUUGAAAAGGGAAUUCGAUAGACUUGUUUCCGUACGGAGCAACUUCACCAUACCAACCUUUUGCAAGGUUUGUUUCCAAACUUAUUGCUAUUGA